GCGGGGCGAAGGAAGGAGGCGCUAGCUGUGGCGGAGAGAGAGAGUACGGCUCUUUCUCCCCGGUUUUCUCAGUAUUGCUCCUGAAAAUAUGUCUGAAGGAGUGGACCUCAUAGACAUCUACGCGGACGAAGAGUUCAAUCAGGACUCUGAGUUUAGUAAUGCUGACCAGAUGGAUCUGUAUGAUGAUGUGUUAGCUGCCAGUUCUCAGCCUUCUGAAAGUUGUACUAGCAGUUCUGAGCCACCAGCUGAAAGCCGCCAAGAGCAGUCUCCCAAGCCGAACAGCAAAUCGCCUGCUAUCCUGUACACCUACAGUGGACUGCGUAAUAAGAGAGCUGCUGUUUAUGUGGGGAGCUUUUCCUGGUGGACAACUGACCAGCAGUUGACCCGAAUAAUCCGUUCAGUGGGUGUUUAUGAUGUGGUGGAACUCAAGUUUGCUGAGAAUAGAGCCAAUGGUCAGUCCAAAGGGUAUGCAGAAGUUGUGGUUGCCUCUGAAAACUCAGUCCACAAACUUCUUGAGCUGCUACCAGGAAAAAUACUCAAUGGAGAUAAAGUGGAGGUGAAGUUGGCCACCCGGCAGAACCUUGCACAGUUUGAAGCACAGGCUCGAAAACGCGUGCCUCCGAGGGCUCACUCAAGGGAUUCCUCAGACUCAGUGGAUGGCCGAGCCACUCCAACAGAGAAUGCAGUGCCACCACCACGCAUUGAGAAGCCUCCUUCUGUUUUGCCUUUCUUCAACCGCCCUCCUUCUGCUCUCCCUCUCAUGGGGCUACCACCUCCACCAAUACCACCACCUCCACCACUUUCCUCAAGUUUUGGGGUCCCACCUCCCCCUCCAGGCAUCCACUAUCAACACCUCAUGCCCCCUCCUCCUCGACUUCCUCCCCACCUAACUGUGCCACCUCCAGGGGCAGUGCCACCCGCUCUGCACCUCAACCCAGCCUUCUUCCCCCCACCAAAUGCAGCAAUGGGCCCUCCACCAGAUGCCUACAGUAAGGCCUCAGCCCCAUAUAACCACAGCAGCCGAGAAUUAGGCCCAUUGCCACCCCCUGUCAGUGAAGCUGAAUUUGAAGAAAUCAUGAACCGGAACCGAGCAAUUUCCAGCAGUGCCAUUUCCAAAGCUGUGUCUGGUGCCAGUGCAGGGGAUUUUAGUGAUGCCAUUGAGACUCUGCUUACAGCUAUUGUUGUGAUCAAACAGUCCCGUGUAGCGAAUGAUGAGCGCUGCAGAGUCCUUGUCUCUUCACUUAAGGAUUGUCUUCAUGGCAUCGAAGCCAAGUCCUACAGUAUGGGCAGCAGCAGCAGCAGCAGCAGUUCCUCCAGAAAAAGACACCGGUCUCGGGAUAGGUCACCCAGUCGAUCCCGUGAAAGCAGCAGGAGGCAUCGAGAUGCAAUCCAUAACGAGGAUCGACAUGAGGACUAUUUUCAGGAAAGAAGCCGGGAGCAUGAGAGACACAGAGACAGGGACAGAGAAAGAGACCGGCAUCACUGAGAUAUGAGAAAUCUUUCCAGGGAGCAUGGGAGGAAUUCAGUGUUUAAUGGACUCGUAUUUCCUGUCCUUAAUCAAAACUAAAGGAUGGAUGCUUCUCCACCCUCUUCUUCCCACUUCCCAUUGACCCUUCUGGACCCCUUGGAAAGAGACUUUUGCCUGCAGAACUCCCAUCUGGCACACUGUGGCAUAGGGACCUGAGCUCUGCCAGUGUGAGUCGUGUGCUGCUGCUUCAUGGAGAAACACUGAAUGACUUGGAGUUUGGGAGGGGUUGUCUGAGCCACUGUGACUAGGGGCCACUUCAGUCCAUGGAUUCUUGGACCCAAAGAGAAUGGUGCUUUCCACAGAGGUUUUACCCACCUCUUUCCUUUCCAUGGCUUUCUAGGAGCACCUGGGGAGGAACCCAUCCAGCUUGUCUCCUGUAGGAAGAACUGUUGCUUCAGCACAGCACAAGAUGUCUGACUGUAGUCUCACUGGAGCUUGUGUCCACAGUCCACAAUGAAUUGUCUUCUCAAGCAUCCAGUCUCAUAAAGUCUCAUCCUUUUUCCAAAGCAGCUUCAGUCUUGCUUCUCUAGCACCAUUGUACACAGUUUAGGAAACAGCAUUUUUUUUAAUGGGGGAGGGGGGCAGGCUGACUAUUAUUUCCAGUUACCCUUUUAUUUCUCGUCUCUCUACAUUAUUCCCAGAUCAGCUUAAAUUCCUGAAAACGACCAUCUUUUUUCUGCCUGUCUUUCUAGAGAGGCCUAUGUUGGACAUCCUGCUCCAAUAGGGAGUUUUCCUUAAGAAACUGUUCUGGCUCUGGCUACUCUAGAUACUCUUUCCACAGGUGACACAUACUGCUUACAAUUUCCUUGCUUUGUUUCAUGCAAAUACCUGCUUCAGUUGUAGCUUCUUGCAUAAACCAUUGCUUCCCGGGCAGCCCUCCUAGAGUGCUACUUUCCUUGUUGUAGAGGAAGUGUUGUAGGCAGAAAACUGACUGAUGCAAUGGCAUGGAAUGGGGGCAAGUCAGACUGAGGCUAGCUUGAAGUUACAGAAUGCAGUAUACCCUGGUCAUUUUUAAGUUCUGUGUGAUGUAUUUGUUGAUUUAAGGUCCAGAAGUUCCCUUGCCCUAAGCCUAAUUGGAACAGAGCUCACUUGAGAGUGAUUCGCUCAUGAGCUUGCUUCAGAUGGCACCAACUUCAGUGAUCUGAGACAUAUUGUUCUAGGGCAAGGGUGGCCAACGGUAGCUCUCCAGAUGUUUUUUGCCUACAACUCCCAUCAGCCGCAGCCAUUGGCCAUGCUGGUUGGGGCUGAUGGGAGUUGUAGGCAAAAAAAACAUCUGGAGAGCUACUGUUGGCCGCCCCUGUUCUAGGGGAAAUGCUUGGAGGCAAUGGAAAGCUUCUGCUUGUUCACACCAUGUAUAAUUGUGUUGUGUAAGCAAAAGUAAGGCUUCUGGCGGUUCUCAGUCUUUAAACUGGCAACCCCUUCAGGCCAGUAGCAUCAAAAUCUGCUUAAGAACAGUAUGGGACAGGAGUGGCUGUAGAACUCUGGAUUAAUCUGUUAUCUUUGAGAUGUAACCCUUUGGAGUACAGGUUUUGGUGCUCUGACCCAGUUUUGAGUGCUCCAGCUUCUUAAAAUCAAGAUAACACCCUUCAUCUUGGAAUAUGUAGUCUCCAGCACCUGGAUCUCUGUAAUAAGGCCAAGUGUCCGUUGCAUUCAUGAACACUUAAUGUGACUGACCAGCUGCAUGGUGAAGCUCCCCUCUUAUAGGAGGGUCCUAUCUGGUCCCACCAAAAGAGUUGUGAGGCCUAAAUAGGAUGAAUGAUAUCUGGCAAAGAAUGUCACCAUGUGAUGCUGCACCUCCUUUUGUACCGUUGGUCAGAGAGGUGCUCAGCUCUAUAUGUUGCUGUUUUUUAAAAACAAAGUUAUGUAAACUAAAAUGGGGUAAUGACUUAAACUGUAAAGUAUCAGAUAUAAAACAUUUGAUUGGAAGAGUUGUUUUUUACAUAAUAGGACAUUUUAGUUUGUUUUGAAAUAAUGGAAGUGAAAAGGAGAAAAGGAAGAAACCAACGACAGAAAAAUAGCAUUGGUUCCCCUCGACUCACCUACCCUGUUCUUUGUGAUUUGCUUUGUUUGUCUUUUUCUGAUAGGUUGGAAAUUGUGUAAUAAACUUGAUGAUAUUGUCAAUCUUUUA